AUGGCAGAAAGUGACACACGUAAUGUUCGAGAGGAGGGAAAUGAUGAAAUGCAGAGUGCCGAAUCGAAAAUGGAUCAAGAUACUCGAAUGGAGGACCACAAACCUGCAAACGAACAGUCACCGCUUUUGUCCGCAUCCGAACCGGAAGAGGAGGAAGAAGGUCUCAUUAACGGCAGCAACAUAUUAGAUCCUGACCAUGAUACUUUCUCGGAAACAAAGGGGAUAUGGUACAUGAUACUUUUGACCCUUAGCAUAGGCGGUUUACAAGUGGCUUGGGGAGUAGAAUUAUCCAAUGGAACUCCAUAUCUUUUAUCACUCGGUCUGAGCAAGUCAUUAAUGGCUUUGGUUUGGAUCGCAGGACCGAUGUCAGGGGCUUUGGUUCAACCAUAUAUUGGUAUACUAAGUGAUAGAUGUCGAUCACCAUGGGGUAAAAGACGACCGUUUAUGGCCAUAGGUACUGUCGCUACAGUCCUGUCGUUAGUUUUCCUAGCCUGGGUAAGAGAGAUAGUUGGUGGAUUUCUAGGAUUAUUCGGUGCGGAUAAAGAAUCUCAAGGCGUCAAAGUUUCAAUCAUCGUUGUCGCUGUUCUCUUAGUUUACAUAUUAGAUUUUGCUAUAGCUACAGUGCAAGCUGCCAUCAGAGCUUAUAUUCUUGAUUGUGCCCCUAGUCACCAACAAGAAACUGCGAACUCAUUCGCUAGCCGCGUUAUAGGUAUUGGUAACAUUGUUGCUUACCUCGCCGGUUAUAUUGACCUACCAAAGUAUCUAUGGUUUUUUGGAAAUACCCAAUUCAAGAUACUUUCUCUAAUGGCUUGUGUGGCUCUUACUACCACUGUCACCAUAAGCAGUGUUACCAUCAAAGAACGUGAUCCAAGUAACGAGCCAAUUCCACCUGAAGCAAAAUCAGGACUUAUCCCAUUCUUUAAACAAGUCUUCACCUCUAUCAGACGCCUGCCUCCUCUAACUCGCCAAGUUUGUGAAGUUGAGUUCUUUGCUUGGAUUGGCUUUUUCCCUCAACUCUUUUAUUCGAGCUCCUAUGUCGGUGACAUUUAUGUUCAGCCAUAUCUAAGAGAAAAUCCGGACAUGACUCCAGCAGAAAUCGAUAAGCUCUACGAGCAAGCUACUCGUGUUGGGACUUUCGCUCUUUUGAUGUACGCUAUUACAUCGCUGACUGUUAAUGUCGUCUUACCAUUCUUCAUUACUCCGUCCUAUGAUGCGCCUUCGUCAGCAGCAUCGAUAUACUCUCAUAAGAGUUACACAACACGUUUCUCACGAUUUAUGGAUAAUCUCGCGAUUCCUGGCCUGACCCUUCGUCGUGCAUGGCUCAUAAGCCAUCUCCUUUUUGCGGCAUGCAUGUUUUCAACUCUCAUCGUACGAUCUAUUACAGCAGCCACUGUUUUAAUAGCAUUAGUCGGUGUGUCGUGGGCUAUGACGUUAUGGGCACCAUUUGCUAUUAUCAGCGCUGAAGUCAGUAAGCGUGAUGCCGUACGUAGAGCACGCCAGCAAUCGGUAAUUGGCGAGGAUGAUUUAGAUGAAGAUCAAGCUGGCACCAUCCUCGGUAUUCACAACAUGUCCGUUGCAGCUCCCCAAAUUCUCGCUACGCUGGGCAGCAGUAUUAUUUUUAAAUUCAUGCAAAAGCCCCGUGGGAUACCGGGAGACAGAAGUUUUGCGGUGGUUAUGGCUGCGGGUGGUAUCAGUACUUUAUUCGCUGCAUAUCUGACUAGUAGGAUCAAAGAUGAGAUUGAAGUUCCCGGAGACGAUAAUAGGAACAGGGAAAGAGGAGAAAGCAGUAGAACAGGAUUUAGUAGGAGAAGUACGGAGACUCCGCUGAUCUUGAGUAGUGGAUAA